CAAAUAUCUGUCACUGCUUUAUCUCUCCACCUGGGGCGUCUCUUUGUCCCGACUGGGAAGUAGAGAAGUGCUGCAGGCAGGGAAGGAAUAGGUACUGAUGGAGCCAACUGGGGAGAAGGAAUCCAUAGCAGAGGCUUCCAAGGAGGUUUCUCGGGAGUUCAGAACCCUAAUCAAUGGCGAUGAUUUGGAUAACCUCAAGCAAUUGCAGCAUCUCAUACUUGGGAGGCUGCAGGACAGCAAUGCAGUGUUGACCCAUUUUAACGACUAUUCGGAAAAUUGCUUCACUGAGGUUUCCGGGGAUUUUUACAAGAACACUCGCCUGCUCAAGUCUAUGAAGUCUGACCUUGAUUACAUAUUUCUAAGGCUAAGAACUAUGAAAUCGAAAAUCUCGGCAGUCUAUCCUGAUGCAUUUACUGACGAAUCAGCGAAGCAAGUAGAGGACCGUAGACCGGAUCUUGAAGCGCCUAUGGAACCAUAGUGUGUUGGUGCAUUUAAUUUCCUGAGACAUAUGCCUCCCAGCUUAUUCCUUAUGUUCUUUUCUUCUUUCCUGUUGAUAUAUAAUAUAGUACCCUUACGACAUUGUUACAUUCUUGCAUAUCUGCACGUAAUCUUGUAGUAGUAAAGGGAUUCCAUUUGCAUAGAAACCACAAGGUGGCAGUUUAAUGAAGAUAUCACGCUGUGCUUCAUGUUCUGUUAUAGGCAGGCGGGAGUUGAGUAAAAAAAGGGUUAGCAAAGGAAGCAUCUUUCACCAGUGGAAUCUCCCAGGCAGAUGGGUUUGUUACUACGUUCUUCUCUACUUUCUCUUUCAGUUGUAGACAUGGGAGAUGUCUCUCGCCUUUCAUCCGAUCUGUUGUGGACUUGUGGUAAAUCAAAGCGUUUCCGUUCGUUUAUGUACUUCUUUUCCAAACUAUUACCUCUGUUUCUCUGAUAAAAAAGGGCAAAGAUUGACCCUCGUCAGUCGCGUGCACUGUUUUUCACUCA